GCUGAGAGGCCGCGGGCGGGCUAAGCCUGGGGGAGGACGGGUCCCAGGACCCGGGUGACGGUUCCACACCUGGCCUUCAGUAGUGGUCAAGACGCAGGCACCCACGCCAAAGGGGAGCAAAGCCGGGCUCGGCCCGAGGCCCCCAGGACCUCCAUCUCCCAAUGCCGGAGGUCUGAGGUAGGACCUGAGACUCUGCAUUUCUAACAAGCUCCCAGGUGACACUGAUGAAGCGGAUUCAACAUGUAGAGGAUUUUUACAAACUAGUAGAGUAGCGGGUGGACAAGUCCAGGCUACCCGCCUGGCAACUUGAGGUGGUCCCCGCCCCCUUGCUUGCUGAGGUUCCCUCCCAGGAAUCUGCCACGUGACAAUCGGACCGCCCUCUCAGACUAGAGGAGCCCCGUUAGCGCCAUGGCUCCCGAGAAGCCGCUUUGCCUUCCCGCCCUGCUGUUGCCACUUCUGACGCUGCUGCUGCCCCAGGCAGACACUCGGUCAUUCGUAGUGGAUCGGGAAAAUGACAGAUUCCUCCUGGAUGGGGUCCCGUUCCGCUACGUGUCUGGCAGCCUGCACUACUUUCGGGUACCACGGGUGCUUUGGGCAGACCGGCUUUUCAAGAUGCGAAUGAGUGGCCUCAACACUGUACAGUUUUAUGUGCCCUGGAACUACCAUGAGCCAGAGCCUGGGGUCUAUAACUUUAAUGGCAGCCGGGACCUCUUUGCAUUUCUGAACGAGGCAUCUGUAGCGAACCUGUUGGUCAUACUGAGACCAGGACCUUACAUCUGUGCAGAGUGGGACAUGGGGGGCCUCCCAGCCUGGUUGCUUCAAAAACCUGAUAUACAUCUGAGAACCUCAGAUCCAGACUUUCUUGCCGCAGUGGACUCCUGGUUCAAGGUCUUGCUGCCCAGGUUAUAUCCAUGGCUCUACCACAAUGGGGGCAACAUCAUUAGCGUUCAGGUGGAGAAUGAAUAUGGCAGCUACAGAGCCUGUGACUUCGGCUACAUGAGGCACCUGGCUGGGCUCUUCCGCGCGCUGCUAGGAGACAGGAUCCUGCUCUUCACCACGGAUGGGCCUGAAGGACUCAAAUGUGGCUCCCUCCAGGGACUCUAUACCACUGUGGAUUUUGGCCCAGGUCUCCUGAGUGAGGGUGGAGUGGAGUCCGGGAAAGGGGGCAUCUCUUCCAUGUUUAUCUUUCACCUUUGCCUCCUUUUGGCAGCUGACAACAUGACCAAAAUCUUUGCCCUGCUUCGGAAGUAUGAACCCCAUGGGCCACUGGUGAACUCCGAGUACUACACAGGCUGGCUGGAUUACUGGGGCCAGAAUCACUCCAUGCGGUCCAUUUUGGCUGUGACCACAGGCCUAGAGAACAUGCUGAGGCUGGGAGCCAGUGUAAACAUGUACAUGUUCCACGGAGGUACCAAUUUUGGAUACUGGAAUGGUGCUGAUGAGAAGGGACGCUUUCUUCCAAUUACUACCAGCUAUGACUACGAUGCACCAAUAUCCGAAGCAGGGGACCCCACACCUAAGCUUUUUGCUCUUCGAAAUGUCAUCAGCAAGUUCCAGGAAAUUCCCUUGGGACCUUUACCUCCCCCCAGCCCCAAGAUGAUGCUUGGACCUUUGACCCUGCAUCUGGAUGGGGAUUUGCUGGCUUUCCUAGACUUCCUAUGCCCCCAAGGGCCCAUCCGUUCAAUCUUGCCAUUGCCCUUUGAGGCUGUCAAACAGGACCGUGGCUUUGUGUUGUACCGGACCUAUCUGACCUAUACCAUUUCUGAGCCAACACAGUUCUGGGUGCCUAACAAUGGAGUCCAUGACCGUGCCUAUGUGAUGGUAGAUGGGGUGUUUCAGGGUGUUUUGGAACGAAACAUGAAACACCAACUAUUUUUGAUGGGGACAGUAGGGGCCAAACUGGACAUCUUACUGGAAAACAUGGGGAGGCUCAGUUUCGGGUCUAACAGCAGUGACUUCAAGGGCCUGUUAGAGCCGCCAAUUCUGGGGCAAAGAGUCCUCACCCAGUGGCUGAUGUUCCCUCUCAAAGUUGAUAAGCUUGUAAAGUGGUGGUUUCCCCUCCAGUUGAUGAAAAGGUCACAUCCUCAAGUUCCCUCUGGCCCCACCUUCUACUCUACGACAUUUCCAAUUUUAGGAGAAGGCCGGGACACUUUUCUCUUUCUACCUGGAUGGACCAAGGGCCAAGUCUGGAUCAAUGGGUUUAACUUGGGCCGGUACUGGACAAAGCGCGGGCCACAAGAGACCCUCUACGUGCCAAGACCCCUGUUGUUUUCUAGGGGAGCCCUCAACAAAAUCACACUGCUGGAGCUAGAAAACGUGCCUCCUCAGCCCCAAAUCCAGUUUCUGGACAGGCCUAUCCUCAAUAGCACCUUGCAUAAGACAUACAUCUAUUCCCUCUCGCCUGAUACACAAAGUGCCUCUGAACCAAUGGAGUUAAGUGGGCACUGAAAGAAAGGUAACCCCUUGGACCUGGGACAUAGAGUGGGCAGGAUCCCUUGGUGCUGUGCUGGCCACGGUGACCACAAGGAACCAAAGGCCGCAGGCCUGAAUGCAAGUCCAAGUGCAGUUUCCUUGCCAAACUUUAUUGUGAUUAAAGUUCCACAGACAGUCGCAGCUCCAUACCCCUCUGUGGCCCUGUCUUUGCCCUGGUUCCUGAGUGUCUUUCCUAAUAUUCCAAAUACUCCAGUUUCACGGGAAAGAAGAAACCUAGGGCUAGCAUGAAUGCACCCUCUCAGGGCCGAGCUGGCUCCAGGCGCAGCCGUAAGAGAUCAGGAAGAGGGCUUGGCGGCCUGGCAGCGGUGAUCCCGGAGGCAGCGUGUGGAGCAGAAAGAGAAGUCAAGAUAGUGAAAGGGAGUGAGGCCUUGGAGGGAUGUCCCGCAACUCCAGCAGCGUCUGGACGAGAGGAAGACAGAUGGCUGAACAGCUGACCUGAGCCUUGCUGUAAUCAUAAGCAUCUGGAUUCUUCUCCAUGAACCUUCGGAACUCAUUACGCGUUGACUUGUCAGCUGCAACUGUAUAUGGUGGCCGGGCCUGGGCAUCCCUGAGUGCGAAAAGCCCCAAAUAUGGGUUCAACUUGCCUCCUGCAUCUCCCAACCUCACCCAGACAGAUCAAGGGGAAUACUGUCAAGUAGCCAGUACCAGUGUUAGCCUCCAGAUGAUCCUCUCUAUACCCCAAAGGGCUCGGCUUGGGGACCCUUACUUACUGCACGGUAGGGUCGGCACCUGCCUCCAGCAGGAGGCGAACCACUGAGCCUCUCCCAGCUGCAGCUGCUGCAUGCAGGAGGGUGAAGCCACUGGAACCCAAGGGGGCACUGAGCAGAGACAGAACUCCAGGGUCUGCGGGGCCGGCAGCUAGCUGGAGUCUCAACGUCCCAACAUCUCCGGCUCGGCAAGCGGCUAGAAGCACGUCCCAGAGCUCUGACUGAUCGGGGGUCUCGGCCUCAUCCAGGGAAGGCCCCAAAGGGCCUGCACGUGCCUGGGUGGACUGUGAGGUGGUCUCAUCAUCUCCUUGAGGUUGCUGGGCAAGAGUCACAUGCGCCCCGGCUGCCAGGUCUCGGCUUCUCUCCUUCUUAUUCCUUUUCCUCCUCCUCUGCUUUGGCAGGACCUCAAACUCAUGAAGAUCCAGGGUCCCUACUGUCAAUUCUACUAGCUCCAACUCUACCUGGAAGCUGUCUUCUCCGCCUGACCCUGAACCUAGGGAAAAAUAGGACACGUUAGGUCCAUCUGAAGAAAUACGCAGAGGGUGGAAGGAUGUGGGCUGCCCCCGAUGUAGAAGAAUGUACAUAAAAAGAGAAUCCAGAUUGUCUUGAAAUGAAAA